GGAUCUACACCCCACCUCACUCCUGCGCAGGGCCCGGCCUCCGUCCGGGGUGCCGGAGUUGGGGCGCUGCGUAGGAAACCGCUCUGUGCCUUCGAGCAGUGGCGACUCUGGAGUUCCCCUUGCAACUAAUUUGCCUUCGGUUGUGUCACUACAAUGUCACAUGCUUUGUGGAUAACGUGGCUCCUGGGGGUCAUGAUCAGCCCUUCCAAGGAAGGACCCCUGGCCCAGGCUCCUCUGUCUUGUGACCCAGCUGGGGUCUGUGAUGGCCGGUCCAGGUCUCUCAGCUCCAUUCCCUCAGGCCUGCCAGCAUCCGUGAAAAGGCUGGAUUUGUCCAACAAUAAGAUCACCGCCGUGGGCCACAGUGACCUGCAGAGCUGUGUGAACCUCAAGGCCCUGGUGCUGAGGUCCAGCGGCAUUCACACCAUCGAGGAAGAGGCCUUCCUCUCACUGGGAAGUCUCGAGUAUUUGGACUUAUCCGAAAACCGCUUGUCUAAUUUAUCCUCCUCUUGGUUCAGGCACCUUCCCACCUUGAAGUUCUUAAACCUCCUGGGAAAUUCUUACCAAACUCUUGGGGAAACCCCUCUUUUUUCUCACCUCACAAGUCUGCGGGUCUUGAGGAUUGGAAAUGACCACUUCACCAGGAUGCAGAAAACAGACUUUGCCGGACUCUCCUUUCUCGAUGAACUGCAGAUCGAGGCACCCAAUCUCCAGAAUUACAAGGCACAAAGCUUAAAGUCAAUUCAGCGCAUUGGUCACCUGGUCCUUCGCAUGCGGCGACACGAUUCACUGCUGGAGAUCUUUGCAGAUGUUCUGGGUUCCGUGGAGCACCUGGAACUGGGUGACACUAACUUGAAUACAUUCAGCUGCUCAGAACUGCCCAUUGGUGAUACAAAUCCACUGAUUACAAAGUUCACGUUCAGAAACGUGCACAUGACUGAUAAAAGUUUUAGGGACGUUUUGAAAUUUGCGAGUUAUGCUUCUGAAUUGUUAGAGUUAGAAUUUGAGGACUGUACUUAUAAUGGCAUUGGAGACUUUCAGGGCUCUGAGAUACAAGAAGCAUAUCCAAAAAAAGGAGAAACAUUAACAAUCCGGAGAGUGCAUAUUCCAAACUUCUACUUAUUUUAUGACCUUAGUAGCAUCUAUUCACUCAUGGGGAGAGUUAAACGAAUCACACUGGAAAACAGCAAGGUUUUUCUGGUUCCUUGUUUACUCUCACAGCAUUUGAAGUCAUUGGAGUACUUGGAUCUCAGUGAAAAUUUGAUGGUUGAGGAAAACUUGGGAAAUGCAGCCUGCGAGGGUGGCUGGCCAUCCUUACAAACCUUAAUCUUAAGGAAAAAUCAUUUUGUAGAAAUAGGAAAAGUUGGAGCGGUUUUGUUGACUCUGCACAACCUAACCAGGCUUGAUAUCAGUAGAAAUGGUUUUCAUUCUAUGCCUGAAAUUUGUCAGUGGCCAGAAAAGAUGAGGUACUUGAAUUUAUCCAGCACACAAAUAGACAAGUUAACCAACUGCAUUCCCCAGACACUGGAAAUUUUAGAUGUCAGCUAUAAUAAUCUCAAUUCACUUUCUUUGCCUUUGCCUCAACUGAAAGAACUUUAUAUUUCUGGAAACAAGUUGAAGACUCUCCCUGACGGCUCCAGGUUACCCACAUUGCAGGUUUUGAAGAUCAGCAGGAAUGUAAUAAGUGCUUUCUCCCAGGAGGAGCUCGACACCUUCCCCAGCCUGAAGACCUUGGAGGCGGGUGGCAACAAUUUCAUCUGCUCCUGCGACUUCGUGACUUUUGCGCAGGCGCAGCCAACGCUGGACCAGGUGCUGAGCGACUGGCCCGCGCGCUACCUGUGCGACUCGCCGGCCCACGUGCGGGGCCAGCGGGUGCAGGAUGCGCGGCUCUCGGUGGCCGAGUGCCACCGGGCCGCGCUGGUGUCUGUGGUGUGCUGCGCGCUCGUCCUGCUGCUGCUGCUCCUGGCGGUCCUGUGCCACCGCCUUCAUGGAUUGUGGUACCUGAGAAUGAUAUGGGCCUGGCUCCAUGCUAAAAGAAAACCCCGGCGGGCGCCCCGCGGUGACAUCUGCUACGACGCCUUCGUGUCCUACAGCGAGCGGGACUCGUACUGGGUGGAGGAGCUGCUGGUGCAGGAGCUGGAGCACGCCGAGCCCCCCUUCCGCUUGUGUCUGCACAAGCGCGACUUCGUCCCGGGCAAGUGGAUCAUCGACAACAUCAUCGACUGCAUCGAGAAGAGCCACAAGACAGUGUUUGUGCUCUCCGAGAACUUUGUCAAGAGCGAGUGGUGCAAGUACGAGCUGGACUUCUCGCACUUCCGCCUCUUCGACGAGAACAACGACGCCGCCAUCCUGGUGUUGCUGGAGCCCAUCGAGAAGAAGGCUAUCCCGCAGCGCUUCUGCAAGCUGCGCAAGGUCAUGAAUACCAGGACCUACCUGGAGUGGCCCGCCGAGGAGGCCCAGCGCCAGGGGUUUUGGGACAACCUGAGAGCGGCCAUCAAGGCCUAGGUUCCUGUUUUUUUUGUCUUUUUUCGUUUUUACCGGUACCGGGGAUUGAAAACUCACGACUGCCUGCUUGCAAGGCAGGCGCUUAUGCCACUGAGCUAAAUCCCCAGCCCCAAGGCCUAGGUUCUUGCAUGCGAGGCCCAAGAGCUACCACUAAUGCGGACUGCAUCCACUGUCGCUGAGUGCCCUGCGUACUAACACUGCAGUUUUCGUCCAGAGAAAUGUUUUUAUAAAACUGGGACCAGGUUUUUUAACAUGGCUUUGGUUUUUCUUUCAUCUAUGGGAUGCUCAUGCUCUAACCCGUCCCUGGUGGCUGAAGAACCUGUAGCUGUUGGUUUGGUUUGCCAGGAGAUGGCAUAAAGGGGCUGAAGGUUUCAAAUGCCCUGGAGUUCCUCGGCUUUCUGUGGACUCUUUGUCACCUCUUGCAGUUGCCCUGCAGAUGCGCAGGGCAGGCUCCCUGAGGGCACUUGGCCCCCACUGGCGGCUCUUCUUAGAGGAAGAGCAGUGUGUUCUCAGCAACGCGUUUCAGUGCAGAGCACAGAGUGGGUUUUCAGUGAACUGUCUUUCUGAGAAUUUGACAGAUUUGUCCGACCAUGGUUAUUUGAAAGACAGCGUGUACCACAAGAGACAGCAAACUUUGUCUAAACAUCUGAACAAAAUCAUUGAGAUAAAUAAAAGCUUUAUUUGGGAAGAAUUUGAAAGUAACCUCCUCCGUCCUGACUGGGGAUGGAGGAGGCUUCAGCCGCCAGCUGAUUUCUACUUAGUGUCUGGUUUCUCCUGCUGUCUUCCCUCACUCACAUCUCAUUACUUUUUCUUCUGUGAGAAGUCUAGUUUCUAAUAUUUUAAAAACCUUUCCCCUUUUCCCCCCUGAAAAUUAAAAAAAAGUAUAUGAGAGCUAAAUAGAUUUUUAAAAUAAUUA